AUGAUCUUUUCUGGAUAUAUUGCCCGGAACCUUCUUAUUCGAGCCGACCUCCGCAAUCACGAGAAAAUUCCAAGAUACAGGGAUGCUUCGGGGACACACUCGCAAGUCUCCUCUCACUUCUACAAUCAACUCAACAACCUCUCGCCAGGCUACGACAUCACCAAGCUCCGGAAGUGCCGCGAGCACCCCGUCACACUCCUCGAGGCAAAGGAGCCCCCCGAGGAAAAGGGAAGCAUCGAGAAGAGGGCCUGCCACAACGGUCUCAAACAGAGAGGCUACGACAAGGGAUACUGCUGGGGAAAAUGCAACUGA